AUGGAUCGUCUCGAUUCAUUCGUCUAUUUGGAUUGUGUUAUUAAAGAAGUACUUCGCUUUUCUCCACCUGGUGAUGUUGUACUUCGUACAUUGACCGUUGAUGAUCGUCUACCGAAGAGUGGUGCUCAGUUAUUCAAAGGAGAUCAAAUUGUUAUUCCAAUUCACACACUGGCACGAGAUUCUCAACAUUGGUCAAUUUCUCCUGAUCUUUUUGAUCCAGAAAGAUUUCCAGGCAAAGACAAGUACCAUCAUCCAUAUGCAUUUAUUCCGUUUGGCGGUGGUCAUCGUCAAUGUAUUGGACAAGACCUGGGUCGAUUUGAGCUGAAAGUGAUCAUAGCUCGAUUAAUACAACAUGUUACAUUCGGUGAGGGUGGUCCUGUUGUGAAUGCAGGCGAUCAUUUAACAAGACUGACUAUUAUGCCUAAAUAUGUUGGCGUCACUAUCGAGUUUAAUUAA